UGCCAGUGUUCCUGUCCCAUCUCACACUUCGCUCAGGACUCAAGCUGGUUUCAGGAGAUCUACUUUGCAGGUUUGUUCUGGACUCGUCCACCCACCAGAAUGUUUUCCUUCCUGGUUCUUGCUGUGCUCUGCACCAGCUGCAUGACAGCUCCCUUGCCUCAGUACUCCUUCUCUCCCGCUGUUGGAAAUGGUGGAGGACAGGCAUUCUCCACAGAAAAUGAAAAUGGACCGAUCACAGGGAUCAGGCUCUGGGAAAAUACCAACAGUUACAUCACCGGUUUGCAGGUGCGCAAUGGUUUUGUUUGGGGAGAAAUGGUUGGUCGUCAAAUUAACUCCGAAAUGGAGCUGAUCCUGAAUGAAGGAGAGAGCAUUCGUCAGAUCUCUGGGAAAUACCAGUCCGGCAGCUACAUCUAUCAGCUGGUCUUCGGGACCUCCAGUGGGCGCUCUCUGAUUGUCGGCCAGCCCAUUCAAACCUCCUUUAACUUCUACCCAUCCCACGAGGGCCAAGAGCUCGUGAUUAUCAGCGGAACCUUCAACUCUGCUGGGCUCACUUCAAUUGCUGCUCACUGGGCCAUCCCCCAGGCUCAAAACAACAGCACCAACUAUGACUGAUUCAGGAACUGGGAAUGAUCAACAUUUUUCUUUAUCAUGGAAUAAUAUAGUAUACGUUUUUUUUCAUUUGGUUAUAUUAUAUCACUAUAUGUAUCAACACAUCCUCGGAAAUUGUGUCUCUGGUUUAUUACCAAUGGUUUCUUCAGAAACGACAAAAACAAAUAAAAGUAACGGCGACUGUUCAAGAGAAGCUUAGUUUGUGACCCUGUGUGGUGAAGUGAAACACACAGGAUUUACUAAACAUGUACUUUAUAGACAAUACAUUGAAGUAACCGGGUUUUUUAAUAAGAGCCCUGUGCACAAAUACAACAAAGAAGGAAACAAGCAGUGAUUACUUCCAUUUUAAAAAUACAUCAUAUAGGUUUAGGAAUGGCUACUGUAAGGAUGACAACAUACUGUAGUAAAUGACAGGGAUUUUAAUCCGAUGUUUAAUCUCAGCCAUAUUAUAAUUUGUUGCAUUGUAUGGUCCCCUUUUUUCUCUUAGGACAUAAUGCAAAAUUAAUUAAAAAAAACUAAAUCCUAAGCAAGGACUCUGGUCUUCCACACAGAGUGUAUACUCUGUGUUAUAUUUUUUAUUGCGUAAAAGGGGCAAAUUAUAAUUGGAUUUACAUGAAAUAAAAAGCUACUGUGUGCAGGACUGUGUA